AUGCCAACAGUCUUACUUCCUUCUUCUGCCGCUGCCUUUGCGCCACGGUCUCCGCCAAAUGUCGUUCUGUCUAGGAAGGUUGCGCCGUGGUUGACAGCCACCUUGAAACGAGUCAACAGGGUCAAGCGUCCUCUCAACAAUGUGACGCAACAUACUCGCUGUCUGACAGAGACUUUGUCAUCGCAAAACGCCAUCUGGACCCUAUGCUCAAUGAUGUUCGCCAAGGCACCCGAAGCCGAGCUACGAAAGGAUGAGAACCCACUCGUGGAGGGUCUGUUCAACUUCCAGAUGAUCCAUAUCGAAGCAUAUGUCGUACAUGUCGAUAUGGUCUCACGAAAUGAGGUGGCCUUUAAGUUAACACCAGAGACGAUCGAAGCCCUGGUGGAAUUCCACAAGGACGUCUAUUCUGUCGAUACCGCCGCAAGCACGUGGAACUGGCCCGGGAAGCAUUCCCAGCUCAAGAAACUGCAGGAUGAAUUUAUCCAAGCCGCUAACAAGUUCGUGUAUCGAACAAACGCCGAAGCCCUAGAAGGCUUAGAGGAAGAUGGCUCUGGAGAGUUACCAAGCGGGCUAAGUGAAGAGGCAAAGAUAUCGAUCACUGGUCUCUAUGUACCUUUACUGCCCCCGCCACCGCGGGUGGUGGAUGUUCUUAGACCAGUCCCUCUGCUGCCCAGCUCGACUGGACCGGAAACCUGGUGGAUCCCACCAUCCGCGUCUAUCGAGCCGUGGAAAGUACUGUCGCCCAGCCCACCCCCGGCCAGCACGAACGAUUCUAAUCCGGAUCUCUGGGCCAGUAUGACUUUCAGUGACGAUCAGUUGUCGCCUUCUCCGUCCUACAGCCAGCCUUUCACCACCGCCUACUCGCCAUAUGACAAUAUGGCCGCCACCUCAGCUAUCACUUCCCUCCCGCUCCCCAGCAUGCUCGUGCAACCCUUGCAGCAAUGCGCUACGGCUGCCAACAUGGCCGGCUUUGGUUGGGGGGACUUUUCCACCGCUGCCUUACCCUACAGUAUGAUCAUGUAA